AUGAAGUUCUUCAACAAAGAGUCCAAGCUGGACGACACCAAGGUCGCAUCCGAUUCGGCGUCGCAUUCUAGUAGGAGCGAUGUUCACGAUGGUACUGACGAGAAGACCACCAUUGCCGCACUCACCGCGAAUCUGCAACCCUCAUCACACGAUGACCCCGAAAUGCCGGCCGCCGAGAAGCAACCCAACGUCGACGUCGAUGCACAUGCAGAUGACGAUGAUGUCGAGUACCCCAAGGCUAUGAAGCUUGCACUCAUCACCAUCGCCCUAUGUCUAUCAGUGUUCUGCAUGGCACUCGACAACACCAUCAUCAGCACAGCCAUCCCGAAGAUCACAGAUCAGUUCAAAUCCAUCGACGAUGUAGGCUGGUAUGGUAGCAGCUACCUCCUCACCACAUGCGCGUUCCAGCUAUUCUUCGGCAAGCUCUACACCUUCUACUCCAUCAAGUGGGUGUAUCUCAUCGCAUUGGCCAUUUUCGAGAUUGGAUCAGCACUAUGCGGAGCAGCACCCAACAGUGAAGCGCUCAUCAUCGGAAGAGCGGUCGCCGGGCUAGGUUCUGCAGGCAUCUUCUCUGGAGCCAUUCUCAUUGUUGCCAACACUGUACCACUGGUCAAGCGCCCAAUAUAUACUGGGUGCAUUGGAGCCAUGUAUGGCAUUGCCUCCGUCGCUGGUCCAUUGAUGGGAGGAGCCUUCACAGAUCAUGUGUCAUGGCGCUGGUGCUUUUACAUCAACCUGCCCAUUGGAGCGGUCACCAUCCUCUUCAUCGCGCUCUUCUACUCACCAGGCAAAGCAAAGAAGUCGCUGGCUGUGGGAUGGAAGUCCAAGGCCGAACAGUUCGACAUCAUUGGUACAACCAUCUUCCUUCCUAUGAUCAUCUGCUUGCUUCUUGCACUGCAGUGGGGCGGAAGCAGAUACCCAUGGUCCAGCGGAAGAAUCAUCGCUCUGCUCGUUGUCUUCGCGGUGCUGCUGCUCAUCUGGAUCGGCGUGCAAGUCUGGAAGAAGGAGAACGCAACAGUCCCGCCUCGGAUCAUCAAGAACCGCACCGUUGCUUCUGCAGCAUGGUUCGGCGCCUCCUUGGGAGCGAGUUUCUUCAUCUUCGUAUACUACUUACCCAUCUGGUUCCAGGCCAUUAAGGGAGUAUCGGCGACGAAGUCCGGAAUCAUGAACAUCCCCUCAAUCCUGAGCUUGGUUAUUUUCUCGCUUAUCGCUGGAGGCAUCAUCACUUACGUCGGAUACUACACGCCCUUCGUCAUCGCAUCGAGUGUCCUAAUGACAAUCGGUGCUGGAAUGCUAUCGACCUUCACACCCACCAGCGGCAGCGCCGAGUGGAUCGGCUACCAAGUCCUAUACGGUGCGGGCAUCGGUCUCGGAAUGCAACAGACCCUCAUCGCAGUCCAAACAGUCCUCCCAGGUCCUGACAUCCCCAUCGGCACGGCCAUCGUGAUGUUCUCGCAAACACUGGGCGGCGCGCUCUUCAUCAGUGUAGCGCAGAACGUCUUCACAAACCGCCUCCUACAGAACGUCAAGGCGAUCGUGCCAGACCUCGAUCCAAUGGCGGUGAUGAAUGCCGGUGCGACGACACUGCAGCAAGUCAUUCCUUCCCAGUACCUGGCAGGCGUCCGAUUGGCAUACAACGAUUCCCUCAUGGAUACAUUCUAUGUCGGCGUCGCGAUGGCUGCGGUGUCCUUUUUCGGCGCUAUUCUGUUUGAGUGGAAGAGCGUGAAGGGGAAGAAGAUUGAGAUGGCCGCUGCGUAG